AUGGUCUAUUUACUCUCUCUUCUCGCCCUUGGCAUGGCGCCGUUGCUGGCAACGGCCCAAUUAUCUGGUGGCGUUGGACCGACCACCCCAUACGCUACCAAGGCAAAUCAUAAGACAUGCAACGUUCUGAAGUAUGGUGCAGUCGCCGACAAGAAGACCGACGUCGGUCCUGCUAUUCUCUCGGCGUGGAAUGAUUGCAAGUCUGGCGGUGUUGUGUAUAUCCCCGCCGGUGAUUACGCACUGGGGUCAUGGGUGACAUUGAACGGCGGCAAGAGCACUGCUAUUCGCAUGGACGGAACUAUCUACCGCGCCGGCGCCAGUGGUGGUAAUAUGAUCUUUGUUGAACACACAGAUGACUUUGAGAUGUUCAGUGCAACCUCGAAGGGUGCUGUGCAGGGCUCGGGGUAUGAGUUCCAUAAGAAGGGAUCGUUGAGCGGACCUCGCAUUCUGCGCAUGUUCAAAGUGACAAAUUUUUCAGUGCAUGAUCUUGCUCUGGUGGACUCGCCGUCUUUCCAUUUCAGUAUGGAUACCUGUGAGAAUGGCGAGGUCUACAACAUGGCGAUUCGGGGUGGUAACUCUGGUGGUUUGGACGGAAUUGAUGUCUGGUCCAAUAACAUUUGGGUUCACGAUGUUGAGGUCACCAACAAGGAUGAGUGUGUGACUGUCAAGAGUCCCGCCAAGAACAUUCUCGUCGAGAAUAUCUACUGUAACUGGAGUGGCGGUUGUGCUAUGGGCUCCUUGGGGGCUGAUACUGCCAUCUCAGACGUUCACUACCGCAAUGUUUAUACCUGGGCCUCGAACCAGAUGUACAUGAUCAAAAGCAACGGUGGCAGUGGCACCGUCUCUAACGUCGUUCUGGAGAACUUCAUCGGCCAUGGAAACGCAUACUCCCUCGACAUUGACCAACAAUGGAGCAGCAUGCACACUAUCGCAGGCAACGGUGUCCACCUCGACAACAUCACCGUCAAGAACUGGAAAGGUACCGAGUCCAACGGUGCUCAACGUGGCCCCAUCAAGGUGAACUGUGCAGCGGGUGCCCCCUGCACAGACGUAACUCUGGUGGACUUUUCUAUGUGGACCGAGACCGGCAAUUACCAAAAGGAGAUUUGCAACAACGCGUAUGGCUCCGGUGGCUGUCUCAAGCCGGGCACGGGCGGCUCCUACAGCACCACGGUCACUGUCAAAACUGCUCCAACCGGCUAUUCUGCCCCGACAAUGGCGGCGGAUCUCAAGGCUGCAUUUGGUACGGACUCUCCGAUUCCCAUCCCCACGAUUCCGACUUCCUUCUAUCCCGGUCAGACGCCUAUUAAGGCAUUGGCCGCCAAGGCAACUACUUAUUGA